AUGUCUCAAGAUCAUGUUACGCUAGUGUCAAAAGACGACAAAGAAUAUGAAAUAUCACGAUCUGCUGCGAUGGUUUCACCUACGUUAAAAGCUAUGAUUGAAGGGCUCUUCAAGGAAAGUAAAGGCCGGAUAGAACUCAAGCAGUUUGAUUCUGAUAUUCUAGCGAAGGUUGUGGAAUAUUUAAAUUACAGUCUCAAAUACAGCGGCAUUAGCGAGGACGAUGAUGAGAUUCCAGAGUUUGAAAUACCGACUGAAAUGUCGUUAGAGCUGCUGCUCGCAGCAGACUAUUUGGGUAUAUAG